AUGCCGGAGGAGAAAAGCAGGAAACAGAAGAGGAACUGGAUGCGGGAGUGGCGAUCGAUGGAGCACAGAGAGAGAGAGAGAGACAAAAAGAGAGAGAGUGAGAGCGGAGGGGGGGAUAAAAAGACCUGCACGACACAAGGAAGACUUUAUCCAACUUUGUCUGUCCCACUUACUCAGACCUCACAGGAAACUCCCAACUCCCUGCCCAUUCACUCACUCAGCCUCACUGCAGCACACCUCCUUCAGCACGCGCUCCCAUCUUGUCUGACCAUGUGGAGGAUGAACAGCAUGGCUUUAGUCCUGGUGCUCUGCACAUUGUUGCUACGCAAUGGUGUGGUGGGCCAAGACGAUGACACAGUUACUGAUGCACCGGCAGGUGAUGCAGCCAAUGAAGUGACUCCCACUGUGAUAGUCCUGGAUUCCCAGCAGGACACCACCAAUGCACCAGAUUCUGGAGCCUCUCCAGGGGCUGGAGGAGAUUCUGACACACCUUCUGAAAUGACCACCCCUUCUGUGACGGGCUCACCCAAUCACAACCAGGACGGUGACACCGCAGGUACCACUGCUGGCCCUAAUGGUCUUGGUGACGAUGGCUCAGUGAUUGUGGAUCAUUCCAACACCGUUAAAACAAAGCCCUUGGUGGAAUGCGUCGGGAAGGAGGAGAUUGAGGAGAGUAAUGCUGUCAAGGCUGUGGUCACCACAACUAACUGUGAAGACACUAAAACACUCAUUCAGGGCAGCCGUUUCCUGUGGUGCCACACUGAAAACUGUCGUAUCAAAGUCUACCAGGAGGGAAACAACAUAAGGAUGGUCAGGGAUGAUGCUAAACAGCAUACUCUGGCUGAUGCCCUCAAGGGUGAAUUAAAGGACAAGCUGGGUGUGGCAAAUGUGGAGGCCCCAUCCUCUUCAUCAUCCUCAAACCGUUCUGUAUUUGUGGGGAUCCUGAUCACCGGUCUGCUGGUUGCGGCCGCCAUUGUUGCUGCUUACUGCAAAUGCCAGCGCCGAACUGACAGCAAAGGAGUGAAACUGGCAGAGGAAGCUUAUCCAGUGGAUCAGGAGAACCAGGGGAACACCCUUGUGUCUGUGGCCCCCCUAAACCCCCCGGCAGAAACCCAGGAGAAACCCAAUGUGAACGGGGAGUCUCCUGAAGCUGCCAAAACUGAGCCGACUCCUCCCACCAACGGUCACUCCGCCACCAAGACUGCAGACACCGAGCUGUGAACCCCUUUCACACAAACACACACAUGCAUGCACACACACACACACACACACACACACACACCACACACACAUAGUCAUCAGGGACAAAAAGAAUAUCCCUCAUGGACACGACUGUGGCUCACUUACUCCUCUCGCUCCCAUUCUUUGGCUUCAUGCUGAAACAUCAGGAAAACUAGUCGGAUCAUGAUGAUGAUGAUGAUGAAGGUGUCCGUGUUGUAUGUUAACGACGGCUCAUUCCCUGACUUGUUGACUGCACUCGAGCUGGAGAUGGGAGGUGUGCGCUUUUGGGUGGGAAGAAAAUAUAUUUCAGCAUGACUCACCCAUGAUGGGGUCCCAUAAGGGCCACAGCGGCUCCAAACCGUCAACACCCAUCAGCCUGAGUCCCAUGUCAUCAGGUUCAGCGCUCCACCCUUCUUGAUAGAACAUACGACACUUGCACAUGUUCCACAGUCGGUAGAAAAGCUCUGUCCACUUGAAUUGUGAAAGUGCGCAUGUAUCCCUCCUGCAGGCUUCUUCUGUAUGCAUGACUUUGUGUGAUCUUUUUUAAAAUGCAAAAUUGUACAUUUUUCCAUCAUCACAAGGAAGCUGAAGUUCAACCAUCACCGAAGUGCCUUCAAAGUGCCGGGCUGAAUACCAUCUAACUCAGCAGUGCUACCCAUCAGUGUUAUUUCCUUUAUUAUACUGUGUAUGCUAUUUUAUAUUAGUAUUCUAUUGAGCUGUGUGUUGUUGUUUUUUCUUGCUAUGUAUCAAAUCUGUGUUGCUUUGCUUCGAUGUGCCACAGUUUUGUGUCGGACUAACAUAUGAACUCUGUGGCACUUUUUUACAGAGCAAGAAAAGUACACAGUGGUGCAAAUGUGUGAUACUUUUAUUUUUGCAAAGAGAUUCAACACAAAGAAACUACUGUUAAAAUGCUAAACUGGAACUCAAUAUGACCGGAUUUAAUUUUUGUAUCGUGUUAUUACUCACAUUCCACGGGGACUGUUUGUUUUUUAAGCAGUCAAACAUUUUUAAUUGGAUUUAAGAUCAAAAUUAUCAAAUAAAAAUGAUUUUUUUUUGUACAAUCUUGUGUUUUUCAUAUUUUUUCAUGUGUUAAG